AGAGCAGCCCUCCCCAUCACCAUCACCAGUAUUUCCUCUCCAUCCUUCUUGGCGAACCAAUAACGCGCAGCUCCCUCCAUCAUCAUCUCAGCCAGCUGUUUAUUAUAAGGAAUAAACAAGGAGAGAAUAUUUAUUAUCAUUAUACAAAAAAAAUACAUCUCGGAGUUGCGGCUGCUUUUUCUUGGGAGCAUCUAUCUAUUAUCUAUUGUUUUUUUCUCAUCUGGUUAAAUUUGCUCUGAGAUGGAAAUGAGAUGUCAUCCAGCGGUGAUGUGUUGUGUCUUCGCCGUCCUCUUCUCCGUGGUACCCGGGUCUCUGGAGCUCUCCUACGGGGACAGACAGUACCUGAACGAGUGGGCUGUGGAGAUCCCCGGAGGACUGGACGCUGCGGAGGCGAUAGCCAGAGAGCUGGACUACAAUCUGGUCCGACAGAUCGGGGCCCUGGAAGACCAUUUCUUGUUCAAACACCGCAAUCAUCCUAGCAGAAUGAAACGGAGCGCCAGCCACAUCACCAGGCGGCUGUCGGAGGACGAUAGGGUGCUUUGGGCAGAGCAGCAGUACGAGAAACGUCGCAACAAACGAGCAUCCCUCGGGGGCUGCAGGGACUGCCCGGUGGAUAAGCUGUUCGAUGAUCCCAUGUGGAACCAGCAGUGGUACCUGCAAGACACGCGGACAUCUUCCUCGCUGCCAAAGCUCGACCUGCAUGUGAUCCCCGUGUGGCAGAAAGGCAUCACGGGGAAAGGAGUGGUCAUCACCGUCCUGGAUGACGGCCUGGAGUGGAACCACACAGACAUCUACUCCAACUACGAUGCAGCAGCCAGCUUCGACUUCAAUGACAACGACCCCGACCCUUUCCCCAGAUAUGACUCCACCAAUGAAAACAAACAUGGGACCAGAUGUGCUGGGGAGAUCGCUAUGCAGGCUGACAACAAUAAAUGUGGUGUUGGAGUCGCAUACAACUCCAAGGUUGGAGGCAUUCGUAUGCUGGAUGGGAUUGUGACUGAUGCCAUCGAGGCCAGCUCUAUUGGGUUCAAUCCCAACCAUGUGGACAUCUACAGCGCCAGCUGGGGGCCCAACGACGAUGGCAAGACCGUGGAGGGCCCCGGCCGCCUGGCCCAGAAGGCUUUUGAAUACGGUAUCCAGAAGGGCCGUGGCGGGAAAGGCUCUAUCUUUGUUUGGGCAUCAGGUAACGGUGGGCGCCAAGGUGAUAACUGUGACUGCGACGGUUACACCGACAGCAUCUACACCAUCUCAAUCAGCAGCGCCUCCCAGCAGGGCCUGUCCCCGUGGUACGCCGAGAAGUGCUCCUCCACUCUGGCUACAGCGUACAGCAGCGGAGACUACACCGACCAGAGGAUUACGAGUGCUGACCUGCACGACGAGUGCACUCAGACUCACACUGGGACGUCGGCAUCCGCCCCCCUCGCUGCUGGAAUAUUUGCCCUGGCACUGGAACAAAAUCCAGAUCUUAACUGGAGAGACCUGCAGCACAUCGUGGUCUGGACCUCAGAGUUCGAUCCUCUGGCCAACAACCCCGGCUGGAAGAGGAACGGAGCAGGGCUGAUGGUCAACAGCCGUUUCGGCUUCGGUCUCCUCAACGCCAAAGCUCUGGUGGACCUCGCUGACCCGGCCACGUGGAAGCAUGUGCCUGAGAAGAAGCAGUGUAUCGUCAGAGAUGAUUCUUUCCAGCCCAGGGAGCUGAAGGCAGCGGGGGAGAUCACUAUAGAGAUCCCAACCAAAGCCUGCGCCGGGCAGGAGAACGCCGUCCGCUCAUUGGAGCAUGUGCAGGUGGAAGCCAGCAUCGAGUACACCAGGAGAGGAGACCUGCACAUAACACUCACCUCCCCAGCCGGCACCAGCACAGUGCUGCUGGCUGAGCGAGAGAGGGACACGUCCUCUAACGGCUUCAGAAACUGGGACUUCAUGUCUGUCCAUACGUGGGGAGAAGAUCCUGCUGGUACCUGGACCCUGAAGAUCACAGAUACUUCGGGCCGUUUGCAGAACGAGGGUCGGAUUUUGAACUGGAAGCUGAUUCUUCACGGGACGUCAGAGAAGCCAGAUCACUUGAAGAAACCCAGAGUGUACAUCCCCUACAACGCUGUGCAGAACGACCGCCGUGGCGUGGAGCAUAUGGAUGACAUGUUGGAGGAGCCCACUCAGGCCUAUCCACCUCCAAAGACUGAGACUGCACACGCCUCCCUUCCUUCCAACCCAGAGAAGGAGCCCAAAAAGCUCUCAAACCCCCCCUACUCACCCUCCCUGGCCCUGCUGCGUCUCCUUCAGACGGCUUUCAACAGGCAGACCCCCGUCCUGCAGCCGCCCCAGUCCGCAUCCAAGGCCUCCUCCGCCUGGAGGAAGCAGCAGCAGCCGGACCGGAGCCUCUCUUCUCCUGCAACGAGACUCCCCCCUCAGAGGUUAUACCAGGCCCUGGACAUGAUCAACAGGUACCGCGGCCCCGAGGACAGUGUCUACAGUGACUACAGUGACGGCUUCUACAGCACCAAGCCGUACAGGCACAGAGAUGACCGGCUGCUGCAGGCGUUGUUUGAGAUGAUAGAUGAUGACCGCCAGUGAAGCCCUGGAGGAGACGGGAGGAGGGGAGGGAAGAGGAAAGGAAAGAUUAAAGGGGGAAGCAGGGUGAUGUGUUGGUUGGGGAGCAGAGGAACAAGGCAAAGAGAAGAGAGAAAGCAGAGGGAUGGGACCGGGCGCUGGAGGAAGUGGAGGAGAAGAAAUACAGGAAAGAGAACUCUUCCACUCACUUCUGUUUUACCCCCCAAAAUGCUGCAUAUCUGAUCUCUUUACCUUCAUUUACCAGUCACCAUUCAUGAAUUAAUUCUGUCAUUAGGGCCUCUCUGCUACAAACUGUACCUCCGUGUAGUGAAAGUAAAAGCAUUUAAAUCAUAAGAAAGGAGGGGGAGGCCUCGUCUCUCUUCUCCUCACUGCCUGCUCAAGCAUGCCACCUUUAGAAUCUAAGUUUUGUAUUAAUAUCUAUAUAUUAUAUCUAUAUAUUAUACAAAGACAAUGAUUGUAAUAUGGUUUUUGAAAACACUUGACAUCUGAAAAUCUUCACCUUUUCGUUUCUAUUCAUAUCUACAUGUUCUACAUACUUUCCAUACGUUUCACUAUUACGGGAUUCACUUUAAUCACUUUAGAGGACAAGAUGAUCCUUAAAAAAACUGACAUAAAGUCGUGAAAUUAGAGUCAGCAUACAUUCAAAAUGAAGCGAAAUUUAAAAAAUCUAUUUGAAAUGUUUGAACUGUGUUGACAAAGAAUUAUUCUCAGGGUGUCAACAAAGCUCAAGAGAGUAACAGAAUCAUAUUCUGGAAGUAUUAAGAGAAAUAUAUAAAGAGUGUGAAAGAUUAUAUAUACUAUAAUACAGUUGUACCAAUACACUAUUAAAGAAGAGAAACCAACCUCUACUCUGGUAACAAUUAAAGACAGAUGGGAAGUAGCGAAAUAUUCAAAGUGAAAAAAAUUACAGAUUAAAGGGAUAGUUUGGGUGUUUUGAAGUGGGGUUGCAUGAGGUAUGUAUCCAUAAUAGGUGUAUUACCUAUAGUAUGUAAUGGUCA